AUGGAUGAAAACACACUACAUGAAAUUCUGAAUGAAGUAGAUUUGAACAAAAAUGGACAAGUUGAACUCAAUGAUUUUUUGCAGCUGAUGAGUGCUAUUCAGGAAGGAAGGGUGUCUGGAAGCCGGCUGCUGAUCCUGCUGAAAACAGCAGAGGAGAACCUGGAAAGAAGGGUCCCCAUUCCGGUGGAUAGAAGUUGUGGAGGAUUGUGA